AUGGCCGACAUGACCCAGCCUCCGAUGAAUGGCAACUUCCCUGGUCAGCAUGGCUACCCAGACUCGUUCAACCAUGCUCAUGUGGCCAUGAACACCGCGGCCAGCUUCCAGCCCGCCCAGUCCUCGACCCCGACGACUGUCACGCCCACCACCGACCAGCAGAAGAGCGAGAUCUCCAAGGAUGAGGUUGGCUGGUUCUUUGUGGAGCAGUUCUAUACCACCAUGAGCCGCAAUCCGGAUAAGCUGCACCUGUUCUACUCUCGGCGCUCCCAGCUGGUCUUUGGUACUGAGGCGGAGUCGGUGCCUGUUGCUAUCGGCACCAAGGAAAUCAAUGAGAAGAUCAAGCAGCUGGAGUUCCAGGACUGCAAGGUCCGUGUCCUCAAUGUCGACUCCCAGGCCUCCUUCGACAACAUCCUGGUCUCCGUCAUCGGCGAGAUCUCCAACAAAUCUGAGCCCUCGCGCAAGUUCGCCCAGACCUUUGUUCUGGCCGAGCAGCCCAAUGGCUACUACGUGCUGAACGAUAUCUUCCGAUACCUGGUUGAGGAUGAGGAGCUUGCGCAGGAGGAGGCUACUCCCCAGCCUGUUGCGGAAGCCCCCAAGCCCGCUCCCGCGGCUCCCGCUGUGGAAGCCCAGGUGACUGAACUGGCGGCUGUCAGCAAGGUCGAUGAAAAGCUGGAGGAGGCUAAGACCAACGGCGAUGUCGGGCAACCCAAGGAAGUCCCCCCGCAGACCAACGGCACUCCCGCUGAGGAGGAGACCCCAGCUCCCCUCCCUGCUGUCGAAGCCGAACUCGUCAAGAGCGAGAAGCCUCAUACCCCCGAGCCCUCGCCUGCUCCGGAGCCGCAGGAGCCUGAGAAGGAGCCUGAGGCUCCCUCCAGCUUUGCCCCCAAGACCUGGGCCACCAUUGCCUCCAAGCCGGGUGCGAAGCCGCCAGUGGUCCCUGCCAUCCCCGCCGCUGCGCCCAAGGCUGCGCCAGCUGCGGCUCCAGCUGCCGCGGCUUCCCAGCCUGCUGCUCCCGUCGCUACCCCGGCCGCUGAGCCUGCUGCUGCCCAGGACACUGCCUCGAACGACGGUGCGGGCUGGCAGACUGCCGGUUCUGACCACAAGAAGGCCCAGUCUCGUGCGGGUGAAGAGCAGACGGUCCUAGCCUACGUUAAGAACGUCACUGAUAAGGUGGAUGCCAGUCUGCUCAAACAGACCCUGUCCCGUUUCGGCAAGCUGAGGUAUUUCGAUGUAAGCCGUCCUAAGAACUGCGCUUUUGUUGAGUUCGCCGAUCCCUCGGCCUACACUGCCGCUGUCGCGAACAACCCGCACCAGAUCGGCAGCGAGCAGGUUCUCGUUGAGGAGCGCCGCCCUCGUGGUAAUGCCUACGGUAGCAACGGCUACAGUGCUGGUCGCGGUGGUGCUGGCCGCGGCCGCGGUGACCGUGCGGGUAGCCAGGGCCGUGGUGGUUUCCAGCGCGAUGGCCGUGGAGGGUUUGCUCCCCGGGGUCGUGGCGGCAAUGUGUCCUCCAAGGGCCGUGGCCAGGCCCAAGCCGCCUAA